AUGCUGAAAAUAUGUCCUUUCCUGACAACAAGCCUGACUGAAGUACUGACUGAAGUACCUCCGACCUCGGGCCCCUUGACUCCUGCCAUUGAUGUGGGGCGUGACAGCGUCAAGUGGAGGCAGAUUUCAGCGUUUGUUGAAGUGAAACCCCACGUCCGGGAAGGUCCCACCCGACCGAGUGAUGACUACGACAUCCUCCAAAAUCUUGAUAUCCUCGUCAGUGUAAUCCUUCAGCUCACAACACACAUGACUGCCUAUCAUAUCGGACACGACAGGUCGGCUCGCUUGCUUGAAGGACACCCGUACUACCAGUUCAGGUAUCCCUCCUUCCUAGUUAGCAUGGGCGCAGCCGGUGACACGCGUCUGUGGAAGACCGAGGGUCCCCCUAUAUGGUCUUCCUUGUCUUUACUAGGUCGCGGUACAGCCACGUGGAGAGCCGUAUUGGCCGAGAACAAGCCAAGGAAGAAGGAAGUUGUUGUUAUCUUGAAAACCUUAUGGAGGUCGCAAACUCGGGAAAGCGAAUCCAACAUUUAUAGCCGUAUCAAGUCACCUUUGCCAGGCGUCGCUGAAUUCAGUCUUGGGGCUGAUGUUUGCAUUCCCCUAGGAAUGGAGACCAAUGCUCGUGUUACGAUCGGCACCCUCCGUUCACUCAUUCUCAAUGAUGAUGCUGGCGUUCCCGAUGAUCCUGUCCUCCAUCGUCUCGCGCUGGAAACUGCGGGAUGCCCCUUGUGGGAUGCCGACACAACGAAAGAUUUUAUUUUAGGGUCUCUUGCUGCGCUCAAAGGACAUCAAGGACUAGUGGAGCAAGACAUUCUUCAUCGAGACAUGAAUCCAGGCAAUAUCUUUGUCGGUGGUCCGGAUUGCGCUGAAGGAUGGGAGGGGUUUGUCGCAGAUCUCGAGCUUGCUUCGGUGGCACACCCAGGGACUCAAACCGUAGUCUCAUUGCAUACGCUCUCCCCCGUUGCCGGCCAGUUGAACACUGGAAGUGUAUUUCUGGAGGAAACCGUUCCUUCGAGCUCAAAGGCUCCUGGCGCAGAGAUCACAGGUACUGCUUUGUUCAUGGCUGAAGAACUCCUAUCCAUGAUGCUUCUCCCGGACAAGAAGAAAAUUCGACCAGCCCAAAGCAAACGCGAGGUGCAUCAUGACCUGGAGUCAUUCAUUCUUGUUCUUUUCUAUUCGAUCAUGAAACGUGGUCUGGAGCGCCGACUUUGGCACAAGAAUCCAGACGAAGAAUUUGAGAUACGAGAACUUUACCGUACUUUGUUCGGCGGCCAUACUAUUCGGCUCAUCAAACUAGGACGGUCCUGCUUUCUCGAUGCAAGAAACCCCCCUGUAUAUCUUUUAGAUGUCCUGGACUCGCCAACGGAACAGCUACUUUAUGGAUGUUGGAGGCUUUUGCAAAUCCAGCGGUCCUCCAAUGUUUCUACGAAUGAACGUAGAGCGAAAAUUGAUCAGAUGAUGCAAUGGAAGAUUGGCUCGGAGGAGCGGAAGGUGAUCACUUAUGAGCAGUUGUACAAGCUCUACGACCAAGCGAUCAGCGAGCUUUCAAGGGUUCACUAGGGAUUGUGUACUUUUAUUCUGUCGUCGAAGAGAAAGAAUUCCAUAAAGUCAAUGUGAUAUAACCCAUAGGAUGCUGGUGAUUAUUUACGAUGUAUACAAGGUAAUAUUUGUCCAUCCAAACGGUUCACUGGUUUCCACUCUUGUACGUUUGGUAUAACGCCGCAGACUGUGAAGUCGACCUGCACAUAUGGGUUGAAAAUUGAAAAUUGAGUCAGCAGUUUGAGCGGUACGUCGCAACAGUGAGUCAUGUUUCUAGUCCAGAGUCGAUCAGUCCUUCGUACUGCUCGAGUAACGCGACUCGCUCGGUUCUAUUGCGGGACUGCUAUGACGCGGCGUAUCCCAGGAGAUGCGGUGAUAUGAGAAAUGGAAUUGGGUCACAGUUGCAGGUUCUACCGGAAUUUGU